AUGUCUUCUUCUUCAUCUUCUUCCUCAUCCUCCUCUUCUUCCUCCUCCUCAUCAUCACAACCAAAUGUUACUGCUCAAAUCCAACCUUCUGCUCCUCCUGCCGAUAACAUUGACGCCCCUUCUUCCUCUCGUCAACGCUCCAUGAAUAAUGAGGUUUGGCUUGAACCUGUUGUUGAAGCAUUAGCCACUCAACUUGCCAUUGAUGCUUCUCAUUUUCAUGGCCGUCUUUCUGCCGCUUCUGCUCUCGCCAUUAUUUUUCAGGUUUGUUCAACAUGGAGAGAAGUGUCGCGCUCGGAUCUACUGUGGCAGAGGCUCACGAGACGCAUCUGGCGCAGAACCUAUAGAUUGAGAGACACGUGGCAACUAGAGUACAUCUAUUGGCAUCGAACGGCUAGGAACUUCACAACAGGUAGACACGCUUUAGUUGUCCCACAAUACGAUCCAGGAGAUCCUCAUCAAACCCUCAUCUGCCGUUGUCUCACUCUCUCCGACACUCACCUUGCCUGCGGCUUUGUCGAUGGCACGGUGCGCCUAUUCGAUCUCCUCACCGGCGUGCACAUUACAACCUUCUGGUCGAAUCAUGGUCAUCUAUUUGGUCCGUUCUCACAAUCCGUUUCGGGAAUUGUAAUUGCGAAUUCCAACCUCGCAACUAUUGUGUUUGCGAGAUUAGAUGGAGAUGUGUACGUCGCGAUUAUCAAUGAAUCCGAGAUAAUAUCCGGGUCCAUUGCAGCGCGACGUGCAAUCUCUGGAGAUGUUGUUAACAACGGAGUAUUAGUGGAAUUCGCGGGCUGUAGUCGUUGGUGGAUUGGUUUAUUCGCCGGUCACGCGGGCGGGGCUUUUCAAAUAUGGGACGCGCUAACAGAACAGCGCGUGUUUGUUGGCGGUUCAUUAACCGAUCCAGAAACGGUUCAAGGAUGGCAUAUGUUAACCGAGUUAGUCGAACCGGUGGGUCGAGUUAGGGUUACAGAAAGAGAGUUCGUUGUGGCUUGUACAAGUUCGAGAUUGGUUUGUUUCAACUUAAGAAACCCAGAGGUUUUAUUACGUGACGUGGGCUCCACCACAGGUUUUGUUGUUGGUUCGUUGGAUGUUUGUCAAGAGGUUUUUGUUGUAGUGGAAAGAAACGGUGUUGGAACGGUUAGGCGCGUGGGUAGUUUUGAGCGCGUGAGUAGGCUUAGAUUAAGAGGUUCUUGGUUGAGGGGUUUGUUGGGCGGCAUGAAUUUGGGGUAUGUUAUAACGUAUUCUAGUGGGUCUGGUUUGUUGAGAGUUUGGGAUAUUCACGAGCCUGCGGCGCGGUUGUGUAUCACGCUCGUUGUUAGAGAUGAUGGAGAAGCACAAGUUCAUGGGAAUAGUAUGGUUGCAAAUCAAACUCAUGUGGCUAUCUCAUCUAAUGACUCUUCCAUACAUUUACUGGAUUUUAGUGUACAGUAA